AUGCAGCUGAACCAACUUGUGCUGCUGUUGUCGCUUCCAGCCACCAUCCUCUCCUUUGUCAUCCUUCCCGAAGCCGACGUCUUCGCGAGUCCCCCACAAUCUCCAGAUUCUUCUAUCAUUUGCCCCAAACGGAUCGACGAAGCCGUUGGAGAUGGAGUAACGGGUCCGUCCACAUCAGCGGGCUCAAGGCCCUGCAUCUGCCACGAGGCUGCGCUGGGGGAAAUCGAAGUCUUGGCUGAAGUCGCUGCGGAACAUAUACCAUUCGCAGAUCUUGUCGAAGAGGUGGUGGAGGGUCCAACGGUCCAAGUUACAAGGUUGGCCCCCAAGCAUGCCAAUGCAGCACAGCCGGAUGGGGAAGACGCCGAUGAUCAGCCUCUACCAGUCGUGAUCUGGCAUGGCCUUGGAGACUCCGCCGACGCGGCGGGACUGCAGGAGAUUGCGGAACUGGUGGACAUGGUCCAUCCUGGUACAUAUACCUACAUUAUCUCGGUGACUGGUACGCGCGGGUCGGCGGAUCGACAAGCGUCCUUCUUCGGCAAUGUCAGCCAGCAGAUCGAGACCGUCUGCCACUUGCUGGCCGAGGACAACAUCCUGCGCACGGCGCCGGCGAUCGACGCCAUCGGAUUCAGUCAAGGCGGGCAGUUCUUGAGAGGGUAUGUGCAGAGAUGUGGCAGCUGGGCGCCCAAGAUCCGAUCUCUGCUCACCUUCGGAAGUCAGCACAACGGCAUCGCCGAGUUCCAGAAGUGUAGCGGGACCUCGGAUUGGCUCUGUCAGGGGGCCAAUGCCCUGUUGAAGAGCAGCACCGUGUGGUCGGAUUUCAUCCAGUCGAGACUCGUGCCCGCUCAGUACUAUCGCGACCUGAACGAAUACGACAAGUAUCUGGAGCAUUCCAAUUUCCUCGCCGACAUCAACAACGAGCGCAAGGUCAAGAAUGCGACAUAUGCCGAGAACCUGGCGAAACUGGACAAGUUUGUCAUGAUUGUGUUUGGUGACGACCGGACCGUCAUCCCGAAGGACAGUGGCUGGUUCGAUGAAGUCAACAUGACAUCGAACUCGGUCACCAAGCUGAGGGACCGGCCCAUCUACAAGGAAGACUGGAUUGGAUUGAAGAAGUUGGAUGAGAAGGGUGCUCUGGACUUCUUGACCCUGGCGGGCGAGCAUAUGCAAUUGGUGGACAAGGAUCUGAUGAAGUUGUUCAAGUCCUACUUCGGCCCUGCUGGCAAGAAGUUUGGAGGGACGGCGCCACUGGCCCCUGAUUCAGGGAAACUUGAUUUGUAA